UGCAGAGGGCCAACAUUCAGUUCCCACAGCCACACUGGAAGCAAGAACAGGAGAGGGAUGGACAGGCACCAGGCACGCAUGGUAUACAAACAUUUAAGCAAAAGACUCAUUAUACAUUAAAUAGUGUUUUUAAUAAAAAAAAUUAAUCCCAGCACGGAGUGUGGAGGUGCAUGCCUUUAAUCUCGGAACCAGGCGACAAAGGCAGGAGGAACUCUGGGAAUUCCAGGCGACCAUUAUCUGCGCAGUGAGUUCGGGGCAGCCAAGUCAACACAACGAGACCCUGUCUCAAAAAAUAUAUUAAAAUUUUUUUGGGACAGAUAUUGCUAAAUUGUGCGUGUUGGCGCUUCUGGCCUCUUAGAAGGGCAGUGGGAUGCUGGGCUCCCAGGCUGCGUCCAGGGAGAGCGAGGCCCGGGAGGCAGACAACACAGGAAGGCGGUGAGAACAUUUUGUGGCCUCAAGGUCCACCAGAAACCGUAGGGUGCGGGCCCUUUAAGGGGCGAAGCGGAGGCACAUAACCCCGCCCCGGCACCGCGAAUGGGCAGGGUCUGUGCUGCACUGCGCGUGCGCUGCCCGCACGCGGUUCCGGGUUCGCGGACGCGCAGUGGGGCUGGGGCUAGGCUGGCUUUCGGUCUCCCUCGGGUCUCCGAUCGCCCGCCUGGCCGGAUAGAGCUGACCGAGGGGCUAGAUCAAGUGGUUUGUAGCGGCGCCGGGCGUCGAAUUCGCCGUCCGUGCUGAGCGGGGCGACGUAGAGCGGAGAUGACGCAGUCUUUGGUUUGCCCCGGGACCGUGAGCAGGGUCAGUUCUGUGCUUAAUCGCAACAGCCGGCAAUUUGGGAAGAAACACCUUUUCGACCAGAAUGAAGAGACGUGCUGGAAUUCUGACCAGGGCCCCUCCCAGUGGGUGACACUCGAGUUUCCCCAGCGCGUUCACGUCGCACAGCUGCAGGUGCAGUUCCAGGGUGGCUUCUCCAGUCGCCACAGCCGCCUGGAAGGGUCGCGGGGUGGGGAGGCCCUCUGCAAGAUUGCAGAUUUCUACCCUGAGGACACCAAUGCCCUUCAGACCUUCUGUACCCCCACUGUGGAGGUGGACCGGCUGAAGUUGACUUUUGAAGACACCACUGACUUUUUUGGCCGAGUGGUCAUCUACCACUUACGGGUGCUUGGUGAGAAGGCAGUGUGAGAGGUCUCGCCGGCCACUUCCUCCAGGAAGCCCCUGGGAGGCACCCAGAAGUCCUUCAAGUUCUGCACAGCUUUAUUGGUUCCUGUUGGGGAGGCCUUCCCGCCACUGUCCAGGAGCUGCCUUUCAACACAGUGUGGGCUGACUGGUUCAUCCCUGAGUGCCUGGGUUCCCAACAGGCUGUCUUCACUCGGGGUCAGCAGGCCCCAGGCUGCUCUGGAACAGUUUGAGGAUGUGGCUCUCCAUCACCUGUUGCACUGUGGGAGGAGGUGGCAUGAGCUGGGAGAGGGGACUGGAGAGGCUGUUCAGUCGCACAUGUAAAUGGAGGCAGCGAGCAGGAGGGAAGGGAGACAGAUGCAGGAGGCCGCUCACAAUGGCUGGUGGUGCUUUGUUCCUGCUGGCUGGGCUCGCUAUGCUGAGAUCGGUUGCUUCAAGGCAAGGCCCCUGUCUCCCUCCACCCUCUGAACUGUAGCUCUCCCAGCCUCCAGAACCAUGAGUCCAAAUAAAAAAAAUAUAUAUAUAUAUAUACAUGUAUAUAUAUAUUUUGGUAAAUAA